UAGAGUUGAUAUUUCACGUAAUUAUUUUUUAUUUAUCAAGAGAAUUAUUACAUAUUCUUUAAUAUUAAAAAUCAAUCGAAAAAAAGAUAUAAAAAUUUAAAUAAACCACGAAUUUUGACUAACUUGAAAUGUAAAGUGAACGCAAUGUGGUGUUGGGCUAUUUGUGUCGGUUGGUAAACGAGAUGUCGAUAGAGUACGUGGUAGUAAGCGAGGGCGAACAAGAUGAGCCCAUCGAGCUGCCGACCGAGGAAGACGGCUCUUUGUUACUGAGCACGAUUUCCGCGCAGUUCGCCGGAGCUAGUGGUCUGAAGUAUAGAUCCGGAGGUCGACUACGUGGAUUGCGACUGUCGGAUGACCGUGUCCUACCGCCAGCAGAGGGGUGGGCGGCCUUUCGCUAUUUUUGCGCCUUCCCGCGAUCGGAUGUCCCAACUUCUGCACCUCGACCGCGCUGCUCGGAUCUCAUAGUACUCGGGCUACCGUGGAAGACGGGCGAGGACGCUGUGCGUGAUUACUUUACCGCGUUUGGAGAACUGCUUAUGGUGCAAGUGAAGCGGGACACGAAAACGGGACUUUCUAAAGGUUUCGGUUUUAUUAAGUUCGCUGAUUAUGAGGCUCAAAUGAGAGCCCUCGGAAGAAGACACAUGAUCGAUGGUCGUUGGUGUGAUGUACGCAUCCCUAAUAGUAAGGAUGGAGGCUCUGCAGCUCAUCGCAAAGUUUUUGUGGGACGUUGCACCGAAAGCCUCACAGCUGAUGACCUCCGAGAGUACUUUGGUGCGUUCGGACAGGUGACUGAUGUGUUUGUGCCUAAACCGUUUCGGGCUUUUAGCUUUGUAACAUUUUUAGACCCUGAGGUUGCCCAAUCCUUAUGCGGGCAAGACCACAUUAUUAAAGGGGUGUCAGUGAACAUUUCAACUGCAUCCCCCAAGCGGGACCGCAGUGCGCGCUCCCAACUGCUGGGCUGGGGGCUGCUAGAGGGUGGCGCGCCGCGCGUGUACAGCUGGCCCCCCGACGCCUGGCAGCACUCGGCCCAUUCACACAACGCAGCAUUGCCUGAUACCAAACCCUACCUCAAAUAUGAGUGACGCCUAUUGCGCCUUGUUGAUUGUUCACAGAUUUUAUAUGAAAGCAAAUAUGUAAAUAAUAUAAUAUAGUAUUGUAUGAAGUUCAA